GUUGCAUGAGUGGCUCGAAGAGAGGAGCAGCGCGGGAGGAUAUUGGAAUGCUUGACGCAGCGGCGGAGGGGAAGACGACGUCGGGCUGCUCCUCAGUGCUCGCUCCUGCGUGUCUCGCCCUCCUGCCCGCCACCACCACACCUCCUGCCCGCUCCUCCUCCUCCUUGAGGAUGCCCAACAUCAAGAUCUUCUCGGGCUCCUCCCACCCGGACCUGGCCCAGCGGGUCGUCGACCGCCUGGGCAUUGAUUUGGGCAAGGUGGUCACCAAGAAGUUCUCCAAUUUAGAGACUUGUGUGGAGAUUGGAGAGAGCGUGAGAGGCGAGGAUGUUUACAUCGUUCAGAGUGGCUGUGGAGAGAUUAAUGAUAACUUGAUGGAAAUGCUCAUUAUGAUCAAUGCUUGCAAGAUUGCUUCUGCUGCUAGAGUUACUGCUGUCAUUCCAUGUUUUCCAUAUGCCAGACAGGACAAGAAGGAUAAGCGUUGUGAAAUACCGGAAAAACUUGGACGGAAUUGGAUGCGACUUCGAGGUGAAGUAGAAACCGCUGCUCCGGUUGCAGAGCUUGGUGCUUUAUCCCGUGCUCCUAUAUCUGCCAAGCUGGUAGCCAACAUGCUUUCUGUAGCUGGGGCAGACCACAUCAUUACAAUGGACCUACAUGCCUCUCAGAUCCAAGGAUUUUUUGACAUUCCUGUUGACAACCUUUAUGCUGAACCUGCAGUCCUCAAGUGGAUCCGUGAAAAUAUUCCCGAGUGGGGAAAUGCGAUUAUUGUCUCGCCUGAUGCAGGGGGAGCGAAAAGAGUGACAUCUAUAGCUGACCGUCUCAAUAUAGAAUUUGCCUUAAUCCACAAAGAACGAAAGAAAGCCAAUGAAGUAGCAUCAAUGGUUCUAGUUGGAGAUGUAAAGGAUCGCAUUGCCAUUCUGGUGGAUGACAUGGCUGACACAUGUGGGACUAUCUGUCAUGCUGCAGAGAAACUGAUGGAAGCUGGUGCAACCAAAACAUAUGCCAUCCUAACGCACGGUAUCUUCUCUGGACCCGCCGUGUCUCGUAUAAAUAAUGCUUGCUUCGAAGCAGUUGUUGUUACUAAUACUAUACCUCAAGAGCAACACAUGAAAGAUUCUAAUAAAAUUCAGUUGAUUGACGUCUCCAACAUUUUGGCCGAGGCUAUUCGCAGAACCCACAAUGGGGAGUCUGUUUCUUUUCUAUUCAACUCCGUACCUCUGUAGAUAAUGACAAGCAUGAUGGGUCCCAAGAUUAAUUUAAUGAAGUAAAUGAAGCAGGUAAAUUUAAAGAUGAUGGGGGAAACUGUUUCACAACUUUCCCUUUACACGAGAUGUGUGUAGAAUCCUCGACAAUUGUUACUCCUUCAGCGUAAACCAACUUUGUGCAUUUCUACUCCAGUAUAGGCAUUCUGAGUGAUAUACUCUAUAGGGACUUCGAAAUCGUGUGCGACUUGUAAUACGUAUACUGUAUAAUCAUAAUGACUUUAAUAAUUAUUGCAUUAUAUUGCUAAAGUGGAAUGAUUUAAGGUUUCCCCAAAGUCAUUUAUCUACUGUGGCUUUUAAACCUACAUAAUGACUAAAAGUAACACCUAAUAGCACAUUGUGAGGCGAGCAGGAGCAGUUAUGCCUUAACAUUCAGAGAAGUUUAAUAUUUUGUACUAAUUUGUUUGAAAAUAUGUAGGAUAUUGUUUUUUCAUACCCUUGGCUCAUCAAGACUAACUGUGGCCUCAAAAGUAGGAGACCAUUGUCCUACCAACCAGGUUAUGGAUUGAAAGUGACUAAAAUAUUACCCCAUGCUAUUGCCGAUUAUAGGAUUGUACUCUUGACUUUGUUAGUUUGAUUGAACUGAUACUAAAUAUUGUGGAGCCCUAAUUAUUAAAAAAUUAGUUACUCGGUCUGUGUUCCGGGGAUGUUUGAAAACUAAUGGGAAAAUAAGUGAGGGCACAUAGUGCACCAGUAAGAAAUAAUGAUUAAACACCUAUUUUCAGUGUUUGCCUCAACAAUUCACUUGUGGUGUUUAACAGGGUUUAUGAAACUAGACGUGUUCUUUAACCCCUAAAAAGAUGCAUUCUCGAGACCUUUAAAACUUGAUGAAUGGUUGUUUUAAAUAGAA